GGAAACCACGGAGGGACGCUGACGUCUAUACGACUUGCCUUUCUCGAGCCCCCCGUAGAUAGGGCCGUUACACGGGGAGCCCGUUUGUUCGCGGUGGUUUUAAACAGACUUUAUGCUGUCAGGAAUGUCAGUUUGACGACAAUGGAGGAGCUAAUUUGGUGGAGAAACCCAAGGGACGAAAGGCUUGGGAGGGCUGGUGUGAGCCGUGCAUACGACGCUUACUACAGGGACACUACUUACCUCCCCCCCUCCCUCCUCCUCGGUCUUUUUCCUCCUUCCGUCCCGGGCUACCGGGUCUCCUGCCGUGAGGGCUUACGCGCAAUGAGCAUCGAUACGCUCCUGGAGGCGGCCAGAUAUCUGGAAUGGCAAGCCCAGCAGCAACAACAGACCACACGUGAAGAAGAGCAACUUAAAGACAAGGAGCUCAUCAAAAGGGAGGCGGAGUCAAAGCAUGUGGGACUUGUGACCUCACCAUCUCAGCCAGUAGGAGCCAACCAUAUCACCUGGGGUGAUGAUACCCACUGUCAACAGCCACAUCACCCUCCUGCCCCACCACCCCCCUCUCUUCCAACUCGUCAAGUACCUAUUGCUGUCAUCCCAAUGGUCCCAGUUGUCACCGCGACGCCCUCAGUCCCGCCCCUUCCGCUCAAAACGGCGAUUGCUGCAGCAGCAACAACACUCAACAGCUCCCCGCCAGUCAAGAACGCUUCCUCCCCUCCACAUCAGCCGGUAUCUCGUCAGCUGUUGUGCUCCUCUCAGAUCAAAGUGGAACCUAGUGAGCAGCUGAUAGAUGUAAAGCCUGGUGCAUCACAGCUUCAGGUUCAGAUCAAGUACCCGGCCCCCAUCAGCACUAAUGGCUCUAGCGCUCAGCAUGCACUGGCUCCUCAUCAGACACCACCCACACCUCAGCCACGGCCUAACGGGGUAACGAUGGAGGAAAUGAGGGGAAUGGAAGGGAAGAGGAGACCAGGAGGGGCGGGGACCAGAGAGGUGCACAAUAAACUGGAGAAGAACAGGCGAGCGCACCUCAAAGAGUGUUUUGAGACGCUGAAGAAAAAUGUUCCCAAUAUCGAUGAGAAGAAAACCUCCAACCUCAGUGUUCUCCGCAGCGCUUUGCGUUACAUACAGACUCUGAAGAGGAAGGAGAAGGAGUAUGAGCACGAGAUGGAGCGUUUGGCCAGAGAGAAGAUCGCAACGCAGCAGCGGCUGGCCGAGCUGAAGAACGAGCUUAGUCAGAGCAUGGACGUCAUGGAAAUCGACAGAGUCCUCCGACAGACCAUCCAGCCAGAAGACGACCAGGCCUCCACGUCCACAGCCUCAGAAGGAGAAGAUAAUUAUGAGCAAGACAUGGAUGAGGACAUUCCCGCCCCUCUUGCUCCCACGUCCCUCCCUAAACCAGCUCCUCCCAUUUUACAAGCCCAGCCACUCCUCACCCCUCACUUGGCAAUCCAGCACGCCACACUGCCUCUCUCUGGAGUCCUCACCAGCGCCUCUCACGCUGGUCCCCCUCCACCUCAAGCCAUCGCCCCUGCUCCGGCCCUGUGUCAGCCACCACCUCCUCAUCCCAUUCAGCCCCCAGCUGUGCAGGUCCAGCCCACUGUCAUCGCUCACGCCACCGUCUCCCACGCUUCCGUCAUCCAGGCUGUCAAUAAUGCCCUUCCAGCCAAUCACAAACAUCUAACGCACAUUGCCCCCUCACCUGGCCCCACCUCUUCCACCCCGCAGCCAAUCACAGUGGCUCCGGCUGCCCCUGCCACCGCCACUCACCAGCCAAUAACCGGCCAGCCCAUCGGACACAUCACGGUCCAUCCGGUGGCCCACCUGGGAUCUCCUCUGGCAUCCCACCUCCCGACUCUCUACCCUCAGGGUGUGUCUGUGUCCCAGCCCACCAUGGUGGGCCACAUCGCUCACACCUUCACCCAUCACACUCUGCCGCACGUCCAGGCCAAUCCUCAAACUAACACUAAUGGAGCCCAGGUGAACAGCGCCACCGUGGUGAGCCAGGGGAGCCCGUCACUAGGAAAACCAACAGCAGUGCUGGCCCCCCACCCACAGUUGGUUGGACAGGCUGCUGUCCUCAACCCUGUCACCAUGGUUACAGUCCCAACUUUUCCUGUCAGCACACUCAAACUGGCCUGAAACAGACAAAAAGACAGGAUGGACUGAUGGAUGGAAGACAGGAGGCUAGGUUUUCAUACUCCUGUCAGUCGCAGAGUGUCUGACAUGAACCUUUGAGCAUCAACUGUUUUUGGACAUUUUGUGAUGAAUAUCUUCUGAGAUAUUUCAGCCACAGCUCUGUUAGUUUGUGAACAAUUACAUUAAAGCCAAGUCAGUAGGUCAGGCCAUUGUUUGUGAAAAAGCGACUGUGACGUUUGUCUCCCCUGCAAACACAGGAACUUCUCCUUCCUUCCUUCCUUGCUUUCUUCCUUCCUUCCUUCCUUUGCAGCCAGAAGCACUAACACAAUAAGCUCAGUUCGCACUCAGGCAUCAAGGAUUUACCUUAACCGGUCAUUCAGUCAUUGAGAGAGAGAGAGAGAGGUGUUUGGGCUGUUCCUACAGUGUGCCAGUUGUUACGUAGACAUAUUCAUGAGAUCAUGUGGGACAUGUGGAAGUAACGUCACUCCUGUGUUUGAGAGGCGGAGAUGAAGUUGGAUUCAGUGGUCCCAUCCAGAUAAAUUACACACAGGUCCGUUGAUCUGUUGUUAAUUAUAUCACAUCACAUAGUCAGCUAAUUAGGGCUAAAGCGUUGUCACGUACCGAUGCUGUUAUUUAGUUUGUGCGUUCAGGAACGGCACAGGAAAGUUCCUUUUUCCUUCAAGUUUUUUUUUUUUUUUUUUUUCCUUUUGCGUUUGCCAUGAUCCAGAUUCAACACGUGGCAGAUGAAGUAACUUUUUAAACAUCUUGCAGAUAGUUUAAGGAAAAUAAUUUGUGGAUGGUAGUGCAAUAAUAAAACCAGACACACUCUGCAGUUCAAAAUACCAUAAAGGAGACAAAGACUAGAUCUUUUAUAGGUGAUUUCUGCAGUAGAGUGUUUUUUUUGUUGUUGUUUUUUUUUUUUGAAGUCCACUACCUCAGAAGGCUUUUAUUUUGGAGGAUGACUCCAAAAUAUCGGAUUUCUUCCAGAGAAUUUGGGCAGCGAUUGCUUGCAUUGGUCAACAUACAGUAGCGUCUGUUAUUGAUGGCCCUGUGGAGAAGUUGUGUCAUGUCAUCAGAAAUAAAAGUAGGGCAGCAAGCUCGAGCUCAGUAGUCAUAAAGCCUUGAAACAAACAGGAGCUGAGUCAGAAAGCCGGCCGAGGAUAGAAGCUGGGAAACUGGGAUUUUCCAUGUAUUUCUUGAAAAAAAUAGUCAAACGUAGGAAGAGCGUGCAGUCCAGCUUUGAUCCAGUUACGUACGCCCACCGUCUAAAAAAGCUGUCUUCUAUGGGUUUUUCAAAGCAUAAUGUUAAAGGCUCUAAAAUGUAUCUUUCACUGCCAGAUUCAAUACCUGUGAAGAUCAAAGUUGCCCAGAUACCCACAGGCCAUUUGAGUGCAUCAACUCCUGUCAUGUCUGCACACACUGGUGGUUAUUGAGGCUUAAAGUGGCUUAAUGAGCCCUGAGGCAGCCUGCCAGAACCAUUCCAAAACUCAGCAGCGUUUCACUUUUAACAGGAUUGUUCAUUAGCUAAGAUGCACUGAAACCAACCCAGCCCUGUUAUAGACUCUCUGGAGAGAUCACACAUCAGGCCGAGCAAGAGUCUGCGCAGAAAAUUGUCUCCAUACCUGCUCUCAAACGUUCAGACAGGUUUCCUUUUGUCCUUUUGAUGAGUGAUGUUCCCUCAGCACACUGUGGGGAAAACAGGUUUCCAUCCUCUUCAGUGUAAGGCAACAGCUCCCUCUGCUGUCGCAACCCAGACACACACACACACACACACACACACACACACACACACGGGGCACAAGUUUCCUGUGAGGCUUUUAAAAUAUGUGAAAACAAUUAAGAGAUUUUUGUUUGUGAGAUGUACUGAAACUUGUUUCUGUCACAGGAAAAAAACUUUUUGCCACCUGUAAGUGAAAAAUUUGGGGUGUUGUCUCAAAAACUUUAUGCUAAGUAUUUCGAACCUCAGAGAAAGGUUGGUAAGGCUGGGUUGAUAUGCUGAAAUUUCAACUCAGAAGCUUUUUGUCACUAAGAUGAAAUUAUGAGAUAAAUCAGAUUCAUUUUUCCCCCGUGGCAGAAACAAGCUUCCACAGAGAUGAACUUUAUCCACUGCUUUAUACUGCUUUUCAUUCCAAGAGUCAUUUGGAAGUGAUGUCCGACAAACGCUGAACACCAAACCUUCUGCCCCAGUCCAGAAAAUUAGUUUGAGAAAGAUCAAAUUUCUUUGCAUUUAAAAAGCGGAGAGCGUGUUGAUGUGUACGUGCGCAUACUCACGGCCUUCUCGCCAGCCUAUACAUCAGAUUUCCCUUCGGUCUAUGUCGUCGGUCUGCCGUGGAUCUGCUCCUCGCGUCCUCUGCUGUUUUCUGUGUGUUACGUCUGUAUAUGUGACUGUAUUCAGUAUGUUUUAUAUUCUGUACUAUAGCUAAUCCUAUUGUACCCGUAGCAUGGCUCUGUUUUCUGUUCUUCUGGGGUUUUACACUUUGCCCUGUGCAUGACUGAGUGUGUGUGUGUGUGUGUGUGAGGGUGCAGCUAGCAGGUUAUUUUUUUACACAGAGGUGAUUUAUGGUAUGAGUCUGUUUGGGUGCUAUCGUGUGUGCCUAUACUCAGUUUUCCUGAACACUGUGACAGCUCUGGCAAAACACGUACACAUCGAGCGAAUGGAAGAGACAACGAUUUACUGUCAUACUUUGUUUUUUUUCUUAAACGUCUGAGUUUUUGUGAGUUGGAUUGAGACAUGAAAUGAGGGCGAAAAAGGUAAAAAGAAAAAAAAAUGGCUGUUGAUCCUUUCUUGAUAACCUAAUAAUGUCUAAUAUUAAAUUUGAGUUUUUGUAAUAUUUGUAUGUAUGUAUGAAAGUUUUUGUAAAUUUGUGAUUGUAUGCACGUUUUGGCAAAUGAGUGUAUGUAUCUUUAAAAUUUUAAAUGCUCGUUUCUUUUUGGUUCUGUUUUGCAUGUAGAUUCUGUUUUAGUUUCUUUCGUUUAGAAGUUUUGUUUUAAUGUUUUAUUUCUGGGACCAUGUACAAUACUAUAUAACGUGGGCAGAAUCUUGGACCUCAUGCUACAUUGAUAUUAUAUAUGAAUAUAAAAAAAUCUUUUCCCUAUGGAGAAAGUUUUAAGUUAUAUAUCGCCUGUACACUUUGGGCUGCCUUUUAGAUCUAACUGUCCACUGUUUAAGAUAACCAUGAUAAUAAUGGAUUAAAAAAACAUAUUAAUGAAGAAUUAUGCUGAUGAAAUAAUAAAGAUUCUUAAUAAAUCUUAUUACAUUUACAACA